AUGAAGCAGCAACAGAAGUCACUCCACCGCGUCGAGUCGUUCGACACUCUCGCCACCUCGUUCGUGACGAGCGCCUGCAGCGCGCCAUCUAUGCGCACCGACUAUGGACUCGCUCGAGCGAUGAACAGUUUCGUAGUGCCGAACGAGCUGAAUCCGAUUGCAACCAUCAAGGACCGCAAGAACGCCAACUACAUUGAAGAUCUUGGCGAACAACAUGAUCUCCUCAGAACAGAGCUCGACGAGGCCAUUGCCGCCUUCGAGGACAUCACAUUGGCUCGCGACACCAACAAGAAUGUCGUCCUUGAAGCUAUGCUGAAUCGCAAAUUCUUGGAAGCCAACAAUGCUCUCGCGCGUUGCAGUCGCGAGUACAGCUGCUUCCUCAACGAUACUAAGGAGCUCAAAGAAAUGCCCAAGAUGAGUCGCGAAGAACUCGCGCGCCGCUUCACAGCCCGCAAAGAGCAAGAGAAAGCCAACCGCGAAGACGAGAACGCUCCAUCAAUGAAACAGCGCAUGGGUCACAUUGAAGACCAAAUCGUCGACCUCGAGCUUGAAAAGGAGUACCUCACCGAACGCCUCGGCCAAUCUGCAGCGCUCGCCGAGCAUUCUGCGCAAAUGGAGCACCUAAUCGAGAAUCUCGAACGCGAGCGUCUCGUGAUCCUGAAGCAGUUCACCAGUAGCGAACGUCUUCGUGGACAACACGAGAACGAUGUCGAUCAGCUGUACGAGGACCUCGCCUACCAAGAACACCUGAAUCGGCAAACUCAGCUUGACAACGCCAAAAUCACAGUCGACCUCGAGGCCACAACACGCGCGAACGAGAUGAUGAAGCACGAUCUCGAAUCUGAGCGCGAGAAAGCUGAGGAAUUGAGUCAGCAGUUGCAGAAUACACGGAAUGAUAUCCGGAAUCAUCAACGUCAAUUGAGUUUUACUAAGAUUACUGCGACGACGCUUGAGGGAGACAAUAAGAAGUUGCGUCAGGAGAUCAAUGAGUUGAAUGAGAUGUGCGGUCUUGCGAGAGAUGAGCUUGAGGAUUUGCAGGAGCAGAAUGUGCAGAUGGGUCUUGAGCGGAAGAAGAUGCAGGAGAUGAGGGAGAUGCAGAAGGAGACUAAUGCGUAUUUGCGCAGCGAGUUUGGCGAGAUGCACGGGCUUGCGGUUGGGCACAUGAAGAGGAGCGCUCAGCUACAGUUGGAAGCCGCGCAGUCGGACAGUGUGAUCACCAGCCUCCAGAGCCAGACCAAAGCUUACAAGACCGAGAUAGCCAACCUCUAUGGAUAUGCCGAGAAGCUCAAGGCUGAACUCGCAGCGAUGAAAGCCCGGGCUAUGCGUCGCGAUAGUGUCGUGGGCAGCAGCACCGAGGGCGAAGCACAGCGUUCUGCGUCUGCCUAG